UGACCCUCUUCCUUGCUAAUUUCCUUAACGCCUCUCCAUCUCUGUUAAAUAAGGAGAGGAUAUUUUGACGCAAAAUCAAACAAUGGCAACUGAAUCGGCACCGGUAGAGUCGGCGGCGACGGAGAUUCCGCCGGUCACGGCGGCGGUUGAGACGGCGGCGAAGCAGCCACAUAAGCUAGAUAGAAAAUGGACGUUUUGGUUCGAUAACCAAUCGAAACCGAAACAAGGUGCUGCUUGGGGAAGUUCUCUAAGAAAAGCAUAUACUUUUGAAACUGUUGAGGAAUUCUGGAGUUUAUAUGAUCAGAUAUUCAAGCCCAGCAAGUUGACUGUUAAUGCAGAGUUUCAUUUGUUCAAAGCUGGGAUUGAGCCCAAAUGGGAAGAUCCUGAGUGUGCCAAUGGUGGCAAAUGGACUGUUACGAGCAGCAGAAAGACUAAUCUUGAGACUAUGUGGCUUGAAACUCUGAUGGCAUUGGUUGGUGAACAAUUUGAUGACUCAGAAGAUAUAUGUGGAGUGGUUGCCAGUGUGCGUAGGAGUCAGGAUAAACUAUCCUUGUGGACUAAGACUGCCGCCAAUGAAGCAGCUCAGAUGGGCAUUGGUAGGAAGUGGAAGGAGAUUAUUGAUGCUGAAAAGAUAACCUAUAGUUUCCAUGAUGAUUCUAAGAGGGAGAGGUCAGCUAAGAGCCGAUACACACUGUGAAUUUAUUUAACGUGUGGGAUUGACACCUCUCCCUAAGUUUUACCAGAAAUUGUAUGAUUAGCACAGUUUUGCACUUGUCUGCUGCAAAUUUUGAGUUUAUUGAAAUUUAUUUGGACUGAUGUAUGUUUGGAUGUAAUGUGUUGAGAUUUUGUUCAGCUUAUCGUUACUUAUGUAGAGUUGCUCCAUUUCUAAA